CGAUGCUCAUUGUUUAUCGAGAGCUUUCGCGAUUCGCAGCAUGGACGGACAAGUGAGAUGUUUUUGCAGCAAAGCGCUGCUGGUUUUGUGGUUGAUUUGUGUUUCGGUCGUUUCCAUCGAAAUGGUGGAGGUGCCCGAGUUGGGUUCCACCUCGGGUGUUUACAUCGUGUACACGGAGCUACCGCAAGGUGAGCCGCAAGCGCACCACCUCAAAACGUUGGCGUCCAUCGUCGGAAGCGAACAAGCGGCGAGGGACGCUCUGCUCUACGUCUACACGCACGCAGCAACCGGCUUUUCCGCCAAGCUCACCAAAGACCAAGCCGCAGAGAUGUCCAAGCAACCUGGUGUUCUUUCAGUCCAACCCAGCAUGACUUAUCAACUGGCUUCAGGCUCAAGGACUGGAGGACUUUUUUAAAGUUCAUCCAUUAAACAUACCUACCGAUUGUAAAAUUUUUUAAAAAAAAAAGUAUCUUCAUUCAUAAAGUAGAAACUCUUAGGCAAACCCCAUUAAAGAUACUUUACGUCGAGGAGAAGAUUGUGAAAGUCGUCAGAAUUCAUCUAUAAAAAUGUAAACACAUUUUAGGACCCCUCGUUUCAUUUUCGGGCACUCCAAUCCUAGGAUCUACUUAUUUCUUCUGGAACGUAACAAUGCUAUCAAUUCACAAAAGUUUUAAUCUAUUCCAGAGCGACCUGGUGUUCUUUCGGUUCAAAGUGAUAUGGCAUCGCAGCUCUCAGGCUGAAGGACUGGAGAACUUUUUUAAACUUUAUUUAUUGCUCUUAUUUUCGACGUUCAAAAAAUUGGAUCGUAAGAAAAUAUCCUGUCAUGUGAGAAGUCGAACCUGUUUUCUUUCCCAUCAACAGCGACACGUUUUUCCAUCUCUAGAUUAUAAGUCUUUAUUUGAAGUGUUAAUAAAAUUUGUCGGAAUUAAUAUUAAGAACUGCUUUUGUACAGAAGGAAUGAAUAAAUUGUUGAUCUGUAUUUUUUUCAAUCAAA